AUGCGCGCCUUCAGACUGCCGCGCCUCUGGCUGUUACUAACCGUCUUCGCCGUCGCGUCGAUUGGGCUCGUCGCUGUGCGAUUGCACCCUUCGAAGCCAAAACAGCGGUGUGAUAAGGUCGGAAUUAGAGUGGCCGGCGUCGUCAUCCGUGCCGUGACGAGCUCUCGACGAGACCGACAGACCACCCCAGUCGUUCCUCGCGUCGCUUACCUCCUCGUCCGCCAAGCAACCGCCUUCCGACCAACCGCUCGCCAAUCAAUCAGCCGCCACGUGUUAUGCAGAACGCUCAAGGAGGUGCUUGACGGAGCAUUGACGGCUGCCGGCGGCGAUCCGUCGGCAGCGGUGGCACUGGCGGCAGCGUUGGAAGAGGAGUACGGCGGGCCCAGCGGGCUGCCCGACCCGGAUCGCCCGUUUCCCGAGGCGCCCCAACUGUUGACGGCGCGGGCAGAAGAUGACGGCGGCGACGGCAAGUCGGCCGCCGGGAAUCAUGUGGUGGAGGCGUGGGCGGCGUCGUCGCUGUCGCGCACGGUGAUCGUGACGGCGCUGUCGGAGGCGUGGGCGCCCAUGAUGCGCUUCUUCCUGCACCGCCUCCGCCUCGUCGAACAGCAGGCGUGCGCGGAGGGGGCUGCGGCGCGGGAGGCGGGGCUGAACCAGUUGGUGGAUCGGCUGGUGGUGGUGGCGUACGACGACGCGAGCUUCGAGCCACUACACCGUUCCAGUUCCUUCCCCUCCUCCCCGCUCCUUUCCCUCUUGCGCGCAUCUAAACCGCUCAACUCCCUUCCCCUUCCCACCCCCUGGCCCAUUCUCCUCCUCCGCGCGCGCAGGUGUGGCGGAAGGUGCACGUGGUGCUGGGGCAUGUUGGCGCUGGGGUACGACGUGGUGUUCACGGACAACGACAUUCUCUGGCUGCGCAACCCGCUGCCAAGCCUGCUGCUCGCGGCGCCCGAGGACAUGCACAUGAGCGUCGACUGGCUACCGAAGCACCGCAUCCAGCAGAUAUUCGACUGGAUCCGCCCCGAGGCCAACCCCUUCACGCGUACUGCCACGCCGCUCACCGUGCGCUACCUGCCCACGGUGCACGUUGGCGGGUUCUGCGAGAUGGGCGCACUGGCGGAGCUGGUGACGGUGCACGCCACGUGCUGCUUCGGGCUCGACUCCAAGCUGCGCGUGCUGCGCAAGAUCGCCGCGGACUGGGACUGGAUGCGCGCGCUGCCCCACGGCACGGGCGAGCGGCUGGAGGAGCACGGGUUCACGUGGCAGCGGCGCACGUGCGACAAGGACUGA